UGUAUGGAUAUGACUAUGAGUGCACAUUUUCACAAGCUUAAGCUUAAGCAUUCUCUCUCUCUCUCUCUCUCUCUCUCUCUCUAUCAUGUCCGUGAGGAGGCUGUACAAUGCUUCUCUUAUGGGAGCUCUGGCACUGUUAGUGCACUUAUGCAUGGUUGAUUUGGCCAUUUGUUCCUCGAACUUCACAGAUCAAUUAGCUCUCCUCAGCUUCAAAUCAUCCAUCAAAAAUGAUCCCAACAAUGUGUUGAGUAACUGGACGAAAGAAUCCAAUUUUUGUGGCUGGGCGGGGGUCUUAUGCAGCCGACGUAGGCAAAGAGUCACAAGCUUGCACCUUCGCAACAUGGGUCUCGAAGGCACCAUAUCUCCUCAUGUUGGUAAUCUUUCUUUCCUUCAACUACUCAAUCUUGGGAACAAUAGCUUCUAUGGUCAUCUGACAGAUGAAAUAGGCCAUUUGCGUCGCCUAAAAACCCUUUAUUUAUCUCAUAAUAUGUUAGAAGGAAACAUCCCAUUGGGUUUACACCACUGUCAAAGGCUUGAAGGGAUAUAUCUCGCGGGUAAUAAAUUUAGUGGUAGAAUUCCGAAAGAGUUGAGCACCUUACCCUCUCUAAAUGUCCUUGUUCUCGGAGAGAAUGAACUUAUAGGUACUAUUCCACCUUCCUUUGGCAACAUUUCAAUCUUAGAAGGGUUUGGGCUAGAAAAUAACCACAUUUAUGGAAACAUUCCAACUGAAUUGGCACAACUUCCAAAUUUGAAGUUAAUGUACCUUGCAUUCAAUUAUCUCACAGGUCCAAUACCUCCUGCAAUUUUUAACAAGUCUUCAAUGGCUCAAAUUGUCUUGAAUUUUAAUGCCUUCUUUGGAAACCUUCCAACAAAUAAUGGCAUUUUCCUUCCUAAUCUUGAAUUGCUCCUUUUGGAUGACAAUCAACUAACUGGAAACAUCCCUUCACCUCUCUCCAAUUCUUCUAAGCUCACUAUGCUAACGCUAUCUACCAACUUGCUUACUGGACCAGUACCAAAACAUUUAGGCAUUCUAAAACACCUAAAACAUUUGAAUUUAUUUCAAAAUCAACUGACAAACGAACCAGGAAGUAUUGAACUUAGUUUCCUCACAGAUUUGACAAAUUGUACUUCCUUGGUGGGGUUGGAGGUGCAACAAAAUAAAUUGAGUGGCACCCUACCCAAUUCUAUUGGAAAUCUUUCAAACUCUUUGCAACACCUUGAUGUAUCUGAAAACCAACUAGUUGGUACAAUUCCUAAAGAGAUUGGUUCUUUGAGGAAUUUGACUCUACUUUCAUUGGCUGUCAAUAAUCUGAAUGGAAACAUCCCCUCCACUCUUGGAGAAGUUAAAAGCUUGCAAAGCUUGUAUCUUGGCUAUAACAACUUUCAUGGAUCAAUUCCAAAUGAGAUUUGCCUUUUGCGCAACUUAGGGGAACUUUAUGCAGAGAAAAAUGAGUUAUCUGGAUCGAUCCCAAGUUGCAUUGAAAAUCUUAGAGGUUUGCAGGUGAUAUAUCUCCCUGGUAAUAAAUUGACCUUCAUACCGUCGAGUUUAUGGAACCUUGAAACUUUAAGGGACUUGAAUCUUUCGUUCAAUUCAUUAGGUGGAAGCCUAGAUCCAAACAUAAGACCAUCGAAAGUGUUGGAAAUCUUGGAUUUAUCUUGGAAUCAAAUCUCAGGAAGCAUUCCGAAAGUUAUUGGGUCAUUUCAAAGCCUAACUUCUUUGAACCUGUCUAGGAAUUCAUUCUCAGGACCCAUUCCCAACACAAUGGGCAAUUUGAUAACAUUGGAUUACUUGGAUCUUUCAUACAAUAAUCUAUCUGGACAAAUACCUAAGUCUCUUGAAGCACUUUCACAUAUUCAAUACAUGAAUUUCUCUUGCAAUAAGUUGGCUGGGGAGAUUCCAAAUGAAGGGCCGUUCAUGAACCUCACAUCACGGUCUUUCAUGGAGAAUGAAGCACUCUGUGGGAAUCCUAUUUUGAAAGUGCCACCAUGUGCAAGCAAUAGUUCCAAGAAGUCGAUGAUUAAAAUUAAUCUUCGAUAUAUUCUUCCUGUCAUUACAUUGAUGCUAAUCUUUUCUAUUGGUGUGUAUGUUGUGAAAAGAAAUCAUGGAAACAAUGUCCAAAGUCAAAAUCUGAUAGAUUUAUAUGCAACAACGGAGCAUAGAAUGAUUUCAUAUCUUGAGCUUCUACGAGCCACAGAUGACUUCUGCAAAGCCAACUUGCUUGGAGUAGGAAGCUAUGGUUCGGUAUACAAAGGUGUACUUUUAGAUGGGACAAUUGUUGCUGUUAAGGUUUUAAAUUUGCAACUUGAAGGAGCUUUCAAAAGUUUUGAUGUAGAAUGUAAAGUGUUGCGAACAACUCGACAUAGAAAUCUCGUUGGAGUUAUAACGGCAUGCUCUAAUCCUGAGUUCAGAGCAUUGGUUUUGCAAUAUAUGUCUAAUGGAAGCCUUGAAAUGUGGGUAUAUUCUCAUAACUCUUGCCUUAAUCUCCUUCAAAGGAUUGGCAUCAUGAUUGAUGUAGCAUUAGCUCUGGAAUAUCUCCAUCAUGGUCAAUUAGAGCCUGUGGUUCAUUGUGAUUUGAAGCCGAGCAAUGUCCUUCUAGAUGAAGACAUGGUGGCACAUGUUGCUGACUUCGGCAUUGCAAAAAUUUUAGCUGAAAACAAGACUGCAAUACAAACUAGGACUUUAGGUACCAUCGGCUAUAUCGCUCCAGAGUAUGGCUCCGAAGGACGAGUCUCAACAAAUGGUGAUAUAUAUAGCUAUGGUAUGAUGCUUUUGGAAACAUUCACAAGAAAGAAACCCACAGAUGAAAUGUUCUCUGCAGAGAUCAAUUUAAGGCAAUGGGUGAGUGCAUCACUUCCCAACAAAAUUAUGGAAAUAGUGGAUGGUGGUUUAUUGAGGAUGCAAAAUGGCAGUGACAUGGUUGCCUCACAAAGCAUUCUUCUUGCUCUUUUAGAGUUGGGUUUAGAGUGCACCAAUGAUAUACCUGCGGAGAGAAGUGACAUUAAAAAGGUUCUUGUCAAGCUAAACAAGAUCAGAAAGCAACUCCGUCACAUCCAAAGUAUUUGACAUGCUGAUGCAGAGUGUUUGGUCAUAGAGUUUUCUAAAACUCAUGGACAAACAUAGCAAAGGCAGAAGGUACCAGAGACGUGAGUUAGUUUGUGCUCAGAAUGACGUAAAAUUCAGUCGAAACACUGAAAAUAACGUCACGAUCAAUAUCCAUCUAUUUGUCAUGGCAUACAAUGAAUUUCGGUCAAAUUCUAAUAUUUAGGCCUCCAAUUUCGCAACUUCGCUAUUUUUAAAAAUAAUUGAUUCGUUAAUUACUUGGUGUAGACGAAUCCGUUUGAGAUUAGAUUUGUUCCAGAAUAUGUAAUUUUUAUUCUAGUUUCUAGAUUUGAGAUUAACUCUAAUCUUUCUAUUUUUGGUAAUUUUCAUAUUAUCUUUGAUUUAAGCCUGAUUAAUGAGUAUUACCUUAGCUUAUCUCCUAUUGUAUUGGGGCAUGUUCUCUCUAUAAAUAAUGGUAGUGAGUUUUAAAGCGAGCAUCUUAUUUUAAGAGAAAUAAUAUGUUCAAGAGAGAGUAUAUCGUUUAUGAAAUUUGUAGUUAAUCUUUGUAUUUGAGUUUCAUCUCAUUAUUCUACCUUGCAUACAUGCACGUGCACAUGUACAUACACACACAUACACUAGCAAUAUUAUAUGUGUAUGUAUUCUAUUACAAAAUUUCGUAAUAUUAACUACAAAAUAUAUAAUAUCAUCACAAAUUGGAGUAACAAAAAAUUUCGUAACCAAACCACUAACUUUUGCAACAUCAAUCACAAAAUUUUAGACAUUUUGUAACAAGAUUACAUAUUUUAUAAUUAAUGUUAUUAUUUCUUUUAAUAAAAUUGCACAUUUUUGUGUUAUCCUUUAUUUCAGUUGUUCCAUCCUCUUGUCCCUAGGUAAGCCCUUUCGAACAUCUAUGAAAAUAGUAGUGUUUUUUUUUUUUUUUUUUACUAAUUUUUUUUAAGGAGGUGAUUGCUAAAAUCAAAUAUUAUUAUAGUUUGUAAGAAUACUAGUGAGUGACCCAUGUUUGAAGGCACUCCCACCAAAAAGAACUGAUAAUACUAAUUGCAAAGUAAUAUUCUACAAAUAUAUAAAUUAAGUUCCAUAAGUAGUAGCAUUUGAGCAUAUGAAGAAGUUCCCUUUUCUCCCUUCCCUCCAAGAGUACUAUCCAUUUACCUGUUUUUGAGUAGAGGUUGAUUCUUGAGAAUUGUGAUCCUCUCUUUUUCAAAAUUAUAAUGAAAGAUCUCCAUUACAUUAUUGAAGAAUUUGUAAUAAUUUUUUAUAAAUUUAAAAUAUUGAUAAAUUCUCAUUAUUAUUUUACAAUUCUUAGACGAUAUAAUGGAGAUCUUCCAUUAUAACAAUGAAAUGGAGAGGAUCUCUGCCCGAUUUAUGGCCAGAACUUUCGCAUCAAAGUUUUACCAUCCUAAGCAAAAUCUUGUACAAAAUACCAAAGAAGUCCACUUCAAUAAUGCUUUUGGGUACCAAAGAAGUCCUCUAUAGAGUACUUUGAACAAUGAAGACAAUUUGUUUAGAGAUGAUCAUUUACUGUACCCCUUCAAAAAAAA